AAAUCUAUCAAUGAGAGGGAGAGGUUCUCGGGUCCUGCGAGGUUUCGGCAGGCAUAUAGUAUAAAAGCGCGUCUUCGCAGACGAUAGUAUAACGAGAGACAACAACCAUAGUCAACAUGCACGCUUUGCAAGUCAGCGUUUGUGCGAUCCUCAUCGCGGUAGCCGUAGGUGCACCGUUGAAGGAAGAUGAAGUAGUACCAAUUCUCUAUCACAGUUCAAACGGACCUGAUCCAGACGGCUCAUACUCUUAUAGCUUUGAGACCGGGAAUGGUAUCCGCGUUAACGAACAAGGCGAACCAAGGAAGACCUCGCAAAAGGAUUCCGAAAGCGAAUAUGCCCUUUACGUGCAAGGAUCAUUCAAUUAUCCAGCUCCCGAUGGUACUCCAAUCUUAUUAAACUACGUUGCCGAUGAAAAUGGAUUCCAACCUCAAGGAGAACAUCUGCCAACUUCACCACCUGUACCAGAAGCCAUCUUGAGGGCUCUCGAUUACAUCGCCGCUCAUCCCGAACAAGACAAACAGAGGAAGUGAAAUAACUCAAUCCCAUUUGAAACAAAAUGAGAAAGAUAUCUCGGACGAAUAACUAAUCGAACAGUGAACAACAUUUUUUUUUUAUUUUUUUCUCAUACCAUCGCUACGUUUAUUGUUCGGAUAGAAAGAAAGUACGAACGAACGACAAAUUAUGCUUUCACAUAACGGAGACAACGAACUAUGGAUUAGUUUGAAGAUAGACAACGAAGAGUUUUUCUUCUUCUUAUUUUUUAUUUUAUUCUUUUUAUAUGUCGUUAUAAAGGAUACCACAAGACGAGAGUGUUCGUCCGGAUUAACAAUAGUGUAAAUUAUUCCAUUCAAAUUCUUUCUAUCUUUUUUUAUUUUCUCUCUCUCUCUCUCUCUCUCUCUCUCUCUCUUCCUCUCUCUAUCUCUUUUUCUCUUACACUAACUCUCUCGUAGUCUAGUAUGUACUCCACUACAAUAUUAUCUCGAGACGUUGAUUUGUUUUCCGAGUUUCAAGAUGAUACCGCAUGAAAUGUGUUUUUCUUCGAGAUCAAAACAACGUUCUUUGGAUAUAACCUGUAUAUAUAUAUAAAGUCGAAAACUUUCAAGUACUACGGUCAUAUUAUUAUUAAUACCACUACUACUACUACUACCACAAACCACCGCCAAUACUACUACUACUACUACUACUUCUAUCACCUCGAUGUUCUUACUUUUGAGUUAUCUCACGCGUUUAUUAUAUCAUGUAAAUGAAAGAAAUAUAGUUAGUUUCGUUUUGACGAGAAACUCGUUAAGAAUCCUUUAAUUAAAACAGAGUACAGAACGACCUAUAGUUUAUGUAGAAACGUUUAUAUUAAACGUUUGAUACGAGGGAAAUAUACAAUGACAUAAUAAAUAUAAUGAUUGCUUCGAAAA